CCUUUUUAUUUAUUAAAGUUUUUAACUAUGUAAAUGAGAAUUCUGAAUGCGACUUUUCUGGGAAAAUAAGGAAGAUAGGUUUACCCUACUCUCAUUUUUUAUUAGUUAAUCUUAAGAUGCUCAAGCGAAGUGACAGUCUGUUCUGGAAAAUGCAAAUGCCCACAGCUGUCCAAUGAAAUGAUUCCAUAUGAGAAAAGAUAACAUUUUUUUUUUAAUCUAUCUUUCGUUUUGUAUUUUAUUGGAAAAAAAUAUCUACUAAUUGAUUGAUCCUUUACUCCUUGCGCAAGUGUAUAUCUCCGUCUUGUUUAUUCUCUCUCAGGAAUUCCAUCGUUCUCUCUCCAUCCGAUCAGAACAGUUUUGGCCUAAAAGCUGUGGCAGUUCCUUUCAGAUUUCUGUGAGGAAUAUCUCUCAGUACAGGUGUUUGUCAAGAUCAGAGGUCGCACAAAGAAGGAAUUACGGCUUUCUGUAUUCUUCUUCAUCACAUUUAUAUAGGGCUAGGCCAACAGGAAGGAGGCUAAUUUGUUCGGUUGCCACACCAACUAAGUCAAAGGAAGUUGAAGAAUCCACAAUGAAUACACCAAAAGAAAUCUUUCUGAAGGACUACAAGUUACCUGAUUACUACUUUGGCACGGUGGAUUUGAAAUUUUCAUUGGGUGAGGAGAAGACAAUUGUUGGUUCAAAAAUAACUGUGUACCCUAGGGUCGAAGGUUCUUCUGCUCCACUGGUUUUGGAUGGAGUAGACCUAAAGCUACUCUCAAUCAAGGUUAAUGGAAAGGAACUAAAGGAGGGGGAGUACUCCUUAGAGUCACGCCAUUUGACACUUCCAUCACCACCCAAUGGGACUUUUACCUUGGAAAUUGUUAAUGAGAUAUACCCUCAAAAGAACACAUCCCUAGAGGGUGGCAGGCAUUAUGCUCUAUGGGAGGAUCCCUUUAAGAAACCAUGCUAUUUAUUUGCUUUAGUUGCUGGACCACUGGAGAGCAGGGAUGAUAUAUUUGUUACUCGCUCUGGAAGGCAAGUGUCCCUGAGGAUCUGGACCCCAGCACAAGAUGUACCAAAGACUGCACAUGCGAUGUAUUCACUUAAGGCAGCUAUGAAGUGGGAUGAGGAUGUCUUCGGUCUUGAGUAUGACCUGGAUCUCUUCAAUAUUGUUGUUGUUCCAGACUUCAUGGGAGCCAUGGAAAACAAGAGUUUGAAUAUUUUCGAUUCCAAGCUUGUUUUGGCUUCUCCAGAAACUGCUACUGAUGCAGAUUAUGCUGCAAUUUUGGGUGUUAUUGGACAUGAGUAUUUUCACAACUGGACUGGUAACAGAGUUACCUGCCGUGACUGGUUUCAGCUCAGUCUAAAGGAGGGUCUCACUGUUUUUCGUGAUCAGGAAUUUUCAUCUGACAUGGGAAGCCGUACUGUAAAGCGGAUUGGUGAUGUUUCAAAGCUUCGUAAUUAUCAGUUUCCCCAGGAUGCUGGACCCAUGGCCCAUCCUGUUAGGCCACAUUCUUACAUCAAGAUGGACAACUUCUACACAGGCAAGAUUCUGCCAUCACUAAUAUUAGAUAGUCAAUGAUUUUGUGGAAUCACUUCUUUUUACUUGGAUUUUUAAAUAGUUAUUAACAAGGUAUU